CGAGUCGGCAAUGUUUCCUCAUCGGCCACCGACGCCACGAUAAUGAAAGAUCCAGGGAUCCACAACCCAGAUCGCCAUAUUCCAGACCCAGACGCUCAGUCGCAUCGCGGACGCGCGCGCGGAGAUUCGUCCCCACGCGGAUACGAGGUGUUCGAAAGUGGAUUUUUUACCUGGCUUUAUUUUCUCUCUCUCCAAGAACAUUGUUUUCUUCUUUAAGCGUCAACUUUAUAUGUGGCAGUCGAACGGUGCUCGCGGUUUCCUUCAAAAAACUUGAUCGCUUACUCCUCGACAUGAGCACCGAAGGUACCAAAGGAUCUCCGAGCGGGAUUACGAUCGGUUUUUCGAUCCUGACGCAUUUUCUACUCGUAGCUCCUGUGAUAUAUAUCCUGGUGCUUGCCUUUAGCAACUACCAUUUCUUCUCUUGGCAUCCGAUUUGCAUGUCUAUUGGAGUCGGUCUUCUGGUCACAGAAGCUGUCUUCAGUGUCUCCGGUGAAGCAUAUAUUGCUUCGAAGCUACCUAGACGUAGCCGAGUGACGAUACACUGGAUUUUGCAUACAAUAGGUCUAAGCAUCAUCGGGAUCGGUUUCAUCAUCAUCAUCGUCAACAAGGUCAAUCACAACAAAGCGCAUUUCGCCACCACUCACGCGCAAUUGGGCUUGGUAACGAUUAUCCUGUCCUUCCUGACCGCGUCUUUCGGAAUCCUGGCGAAUAACACGGUAUGGAUAUAUCCCCGUGUAAGACCGGUGCUCGUCAAGGUCGCUCAUGCCUGCGGCGGCAUCGGCAUACUUGUACUUUUGCUGGCGACCCUCAUCAAUGGGACCUACUCCCACUGGUGGCCCGGCACCGAGACAGGAAGAGACUUGGUCUUCGCGUCCUUAUUCUUCGCGGGCUUCUUAAUCCUCGUAAAACCGAUAUUGGGGACUUUCUCCAGGUGCAGAGUCGUAUUUGGACCACCCUCGAGCGAAACGUAAGCGACAGAGUCUCGCCUUGAGAGAAAAACCAUCAAGUACGAGAAGUCGUCGCUCCGAGAGAAGCAAGAUACACCUUUGAAUAAUCGAAUUAUAUCGAAAAAUUAACUAUAUAAAAAGUUGGGGUCUUGUUUUCUCUUGUAAUCUUCGUAAAAUGCCCAAUGGAGUAGUAGCGAGAAGCCAAAGAUCAUAGAACUAAUCUUGUUAGCUGAAUGUUGUACGUCUCACCGAUCUCGAUCCAGGGAAAUGUUGUUCAUUAUUGUUCUGAAUAGUGAAAAAAGAAUUAUUGUUCUGAAUAAUGAACCGUCGACAAAGAUUCGAUUAGCGCAUCGCUGGCAUUACACAUGUAUAACAAUACUUUAUUGAUUACACACGCAUCGUAUACAUUUAUCAUACAUUAUUUUACACAUAUACGUAUAUGUGUACAACAUAUUUGCGAGUGUGCUAUAUAUAUAUAUAUAUUUUUUUUUUUCAUAAUACAAUGUACA